CGCUUCACGGGUCAGGACAUAAAGGAGUGUGGGGUCUCUCUAAAGCAUCUAAACCGUCUCCGUACACCAUCUUUCUCCCAUACAGGACACUGAAAAGGCAGAUCUUCAAGCAAGACCUUCUCAUUUGGUCUCCCUCUCUCUCUCUCUUUUCUCAGUCAUUCUGCUCGCUCAGACUUGGAUAGAGGACAACAAUACAGUUCUUAGUGCUUCUCGGACUGUGGGAGCAGAAGGCAACAUAAAGUCCGGACUGCUAAAAAGGAGCGUCUUUGUGAUGGUUUAUUCCAGGAACAGAUGGACUUUACAGUGGACGUUUCGUUUCUUUUGACACGUCUUUAAAGUCUUCGCUGACUUCGACACAAAGUCAUCUGUGAAGCGAGACCUGUUACUUGGGACCAUACAUAUAUGUAAAAAAAGGUAAAGAUGAGGUCCAGGACCAGUGAUAUGGAGGGGCCAGAGAACAGACCACUGAAGCCGCUCGCGAAAAUACACAACAUUCAGAAAGAAGGAAGCAAAGCGGAGCUGCUGAUGAAGAAAAGCAGAGCGCAGGAGGAGAAGGAGAGCAGCGAGGAGAAAGCUGAUGUCUGCGGGACUCUGAAUAAGCCUCAGAAACUUUGCAGGAAGCAGAUGAAGAGAGCCGGACUGAUGGAGCUGUCCAAAGAAGAUCUGGUCCAUCUGCUGGGGGUCAUGGAGGGAGAAGUGCAGGCGCGUGAAGACAUUAUCCAGAUGCUUCAGUCCGAGCGAGCGAGACCUGGGGUUCUGGAGGCUCAUUAUGGCUCCGCAGCUCCAGCUAAAGCUCUUCAGGCUCUGCAGAGAGACAGUCUGAUGAGCAGCAGCGACACCAGCAGAGAUGACGUCUACGAGAUCCCUAUGAUAGAGCUGGACCGUCUGGAGGAGAAGCACAGGGAGACGUACAGACGGAUGCUGGAGCAGCUGCUGUUAGCAGAGAAAUGCCACCGCCGCACCGUCACCGAGCUGGACAACGAGAAGCGCAAACACGUCGACUUCAUGAACAAAAGUGACGAUUUCACCAACCUGCUGGAGCAGGAGAGAGAGAGACUCAAGAGGCUGCUGGAGCAAGAGAAGGCAUACCAGGCUCGCAAGGACAAGGAUCACAGCAAACGUCUUGAAAAAAUUCAGGAGGAGUUGGUGAAGUUGAAAUCAUUUGCUCUGAUGCUUGUGGAUGAAAGGCAGCUUCACAUUGAACAGAUUGACCAGCAGAAACAGAAGGUCCAGGAUCUCGGCAAAAAGCUACAUGAAAAAGAGCAGCAGUUGGAGAUCAUCAACAGCAAAGCUAAAGAAGACAGCCAGGAGAUCAAGAGACUGGAGCUGGACAUUGAACAAAAGGCCUUUAAAUUUUUGCAGGAACAUGAGGAGAUGACUGCCAAGCUGGCCAAACAGGAGUCUGAAAGUCGACAGCUGCGUCUAAAGCUGGCCGGUCUGUCCCGUAGGAUUGAGGAGCUGGAGGAGACCAAUCGCACCCUGCAGAAGUCCGAGGAGGACCUUCAGGACCUGCGGGACAAAAUAAGCAGAGGAGAAUGUGGGAACUCGAGUUUAAUGGCCGAGCUGGAAAAUCUCCGGAAGAGAGUUCUGGAAAUGGAGGGCAAGGAUGAGGAGAUCACAAAAACAGAAGCACAGUGUAAGGAGCUAAAGAGGAGGCUUCAGGAUGAGGAGAAUCACAGUCGUGAGCUGAAACUAGAGGUUGAGAAACUGCAGAAGAGGAUGGUGGACAUGGAGAAACUGGAGGGAGCUUUUAAUGUGAGCAAAUCUGAAUGUUCUCAGCUGCACUCCAACCUGGAGAAAGAAAGAACCUUGACGAAGAGCUUGGCGUGCGAAUUGGAAAUGGUGAAAAAUCAUAUUAAAGAGCUUGAAUGCUCAGAAUUGAGACUGGAAAAGGCAGAGGUGGGUUUAAAGGAUGACUUGACCAAACUAAAGUCUUUCACUGUGAUCCUGAUGGAUGAGAGGAAGAGCAUGGCAGAGCAAAUCAAGCAAGCCGAGCUGAAAAGUGAAGAGUUGAACAAGCUGUUUAAAGCGGAGCAAUGCAAAGUCAUGGAGGUCACGGAAAAGCUGAUUGAAGAAAGUAAGAAGCUUCUUAAACUGAAGUCCGAAAUGGAGAUCAAAGUGUCGGCUAUUACUAAGGAAAAAGAGGACGUAAAGUCUCAGCUUGCAAGUGAGGAAGAGAAGCGACAGGAUCUCAGCAUAAAGUUAUGUCAGAUGCAAAGCAAAAUGGAUGAGCAAGAGGAGGCUGAGUGGGAAUAUUCAAGUAGCAGAGCGAAUGUGGACAAAGAUGGAUUUACUGAAGAGGACAACAAGGUUAAGGAGCUCACAGUAGAGAUUGAGAGACUUAGGAACCGUCUUAAACAGCUUGAAGUGGUGGAAGGUGAUUUGUUGAAGACUGAAGACGAGUAUGACAUGCUUGAGAAGAAGUUCAGGACUGAGCAAGACAAGGCUAACACUCUUUCCCAACUCCUAGAGGAUAUGAAGACGCAGAUCACCAAGAACAAGGCUAUAGAAAAGGGAGAAUUGGUAAGCCAAGAAGCUGAGCUGAGGCUACGAUGCAAGAUUGAGGAGGCCAAAACGAGAGAUCUCCAAGCUGAUGUAGAGGCACUGAAGGAGAAGAUCCACGAGCUUAUGAACAAGGAGGACCAACUCUCACAACUUCAAGUGGACUACACUGUUCUCAGCAAGAGGUUUGUUGAGGAAGAGGAUAAAAAGAAAAACAUGAGUCAAGAGGUUGUCAAAUUAACCAAAGAGUUGGAGGCUACCAAACGUUACAGUCGUGCCCUUAGACCUAGCAUGAAUGGAAGAAGGAUUGUUGAUGUUCCUCUUACUUCCACCGCAGUACAGACUGAUGCAGAUAUAAGCGAACACACUGAAGAUGAGACUCCAGCAGUGUUUAUCCAGAAGUCGGUUCUGGAGGAAAAUCACAUCAUGAGUAAUCUAAGGCAGAAAGGUCUUAAGAAACCAACUGUGUUGGACCGUUAUCCACCAGCAGCUACAGAUUUGGGGAUGAGAAAGUCUUGGAACCCUUGGAUCAAGAAGAAAGAAGCUGUUACAAUCACACAGAAUGUUCCUGCAACCCAACAGGUCAAUGGAACAACAUCACGGCAGUCACCAGAAAUAACCAUGUCCCAGAAAACAGGUCAGCCCCUUCAUAUUAAGGUGACUCCAGACCAUCUAAGCAGCACUGCCACACUGGAGAUCACCAGUCCACGUGCUGAGGAUUUCUUCUCUAGCACCACCAUCAUCCCAACUCUUGGGCUCCAGAAACCUCGCAUAACAAUCGUUCCUACUUCCAUGUUGCCAAAAUCGAAGGUCAACGAAGGGGCAACAGAACGGAUGAAGUCUCCAGUCACCAUAACUGCCAUCUCCAGAGCUAAAUCUCCAAGCAAAAGCUCAGAGCAUCCAACUUCUCCUCUGUCUAUUAUAACUGUUAGUGCAACCCCGGUGUCCCAAACGUCCCCGGAGCCCCAUGAGAUGACCAUGGGUAGAGCGGUAUUCAAGUUGACCCCUGAAAAGCAGACAGUUCCAUCACCCAUCCGCAAAUACAACUCUAAUAUUAUAACCACAGAGGACAACAAGAUCCAUAUCCACCUGGGGUCACCUGGGUUCAAGAAAGCUCAGGAUGAGCGAAGUGGGACCGUGACUGUCUGGCCUAACGGGUUGAGUUCAGACGGUAAGGAGAUGCCAACUGGGACAGUUCUGCGUUCUCCUAAACAAACGUCUGCUAAUAUCGGGAACUUGAUCCAGGGAAAGGUGACCAGCAGCAUCACAAUAACCCCCAUCACCUCUGCCCCAUCCAGGUCAACUCAGUCUGUGCACGGAACGGAUGUGCAAUCAUCUCGCUCCACAGCAACGCGAAUCCCCAUGUCAAAAGGUAUGAAAACAGGGAAAGCGGUGUUAGGCCUGUCCACGAGCACACGCUCCGAGUCCAUGAAAAUUGAACUAAGAAAAUCAGCAGUUUGCAGCUCUGCAGUCGGAGGAAAGAGCUGAGAUCAGAAAUUAAUUAAGCAUUACAGAACUGAGAGAAAUCCUGUGAUGUAAAACAAAGCAAUCACUGGCACUAGGGUCUCCAUUUCCUCAAUUGGGAAACAUUUUAUUUGUAAUAUUGUAAAUAUUGUAUGUCAAAUCAGCGUUUAUGUACAGACAAUAAUGAUUGGAUCACACACACACAAAGGAAAAGUGACUGAUUUAUGCACAAGUGUUUUUCACUAACCCUUCAUCAUAUUUAUUUUGCUUCCAUUCAUCAUUUCACUAAUCUGUCAUUUUGUAAAACUGUUUGUGGAGGUUUCCAUAAUAACGUGUUGUGUUAAAUGCCACUAAAUACAUUUUGUGAUUCCACUAAAUAAACAU